AUGGUCUGUCUGUGUCUGUACAUGUUGUGUUGUGUGUGCUUUUGCUUGCUUCCGGUCAGUGUGCGGCCGCGGUCUCUCUCGGGGUCCCCCACACUCCUCUCCUCCUCUGGGAGCCUGGGUCAUGGCUCCGUGUUGCCCUCCAGUCAAACCGUGCACAGCUUUGUCAGUCUGCACCACCACUACUGCUGCUCCUCCGACCACACACUGCAGGAGGACAGAGAAGAGGCGGCAGAGGAGAAGGUCCAUCAGUUCUGUUGCUCUGCGUCCGGCUGCAGUAGUCCGUCGUCACGGUGA